GACAGAAAGUACAGGUAUUAAUAGGGAAUUUUUCCUUUUCUUUAUCCACGAACGAAUUUUUUCUACCUGUAUAUGUCAUCGAUACUGAUGGCUUCGCUUUCCAUUUCCUGAACCAGAACCCAGAGAUAUCUUUUGAGGGAACUCUUGGUUUCCUUUCUGUGUAUCGAGUUAUGGAGACUCCAUAUCCCAAACCCAUAACUCCCAACCACACUCGUGUGGGCUGGAUCGGAAUCGGAGUCAUGGGUGGUGCCAUGGCUUCUCGAGUUCUGUCAGCAGGGUAUACUCUGACAGUCUAUGCUCGGAACCCAGAGAAAGCUCUUUGGCUGCAAGAGCGAGGUGCCCAUAUUGCCAGUUCGCCCGCCGAAGUUGCCCGGGUGAGCGACGUCGUGUUCACGAUAGUUGGAAACCCAUCGGAUGUUCGUUCCGUCGUGCUUGGCAACGCAGGUGUCUUAUCAGGCCUAAACGAAGGUGGGGUUGCUGUUGACAUGACUACCAGCCACCCGAUGCUUGCCAGAGACAUUGCCGCGGUGGCGCGUGCAAGAGGGUGUUGGGCUGUCGACGCUCCAGUCUCCGGUGGUGAUGUUGGUGCCAGAGAGGGGAAGUUGGCCAUAUUCUCCGGUGGGGAUAAUGGAGUGGUGAGUUGGUUAUCCCCAUUGCUUGAAAUUAUGGGGAGGCCGACGCAUGUGGGCGAGGCUGGAUGUGGGCAGAGCUGUAAGCUUGCAAACCAGAUAAAGGUUAGUUCGAUGUUACUGGGAUUGAGCGAAGCAAUGGUGUUCGCUGAACGAGCAGGGCUCGAUUUGAGGCGGUUCUUGGAGUCAAUCAGGGGUGGAGCAGCAGGGUCUAAGGUGUUGGAAAUAUUUGGGGAGAGGAUGGUUGAGAGGGAUUUCAAUCCAGGUGCUUUUGCAGAGUAUAUGUUAAAAGAUUUGGGAAUAGCAGUAGAUGGGGUUACAGAGAAUGGGAUGAUGGUGUUACCUGGAGCAGCCUUGACCAAGCAGUUGUUCUCGAGUAUGGUGGCUAACGGGGGUGGAAAGCUCAGCAUUCAUGGCCUGAUUACUGCCAUUGAGAGGUUGAAUGGCAAGUGAUGAAAUGAAAUCUCUGAAACUAAUUUGGGUUUUGAAGGUUUGAGAGGUUUGCUGUGAAAUUACAUGGAAACUUGGGUAGGUUGGGGAUGGUGGGAGGACUGAUUUUGUUCUUAUCCCCACUGCUACUUUCAAUCGGGAUAGUGGACUGGAGAAAGUAAUUUACCUUGUUUGUUUAACAUACUUGUUGAAACUAAGUGGAUCUAAUCAUGUUAAGUAAUUUCUGUUACUGAAUUUCUUGGUGCAUUUUAUUUGGUUGUUA